UAAAUACAAUUGUCAGUUGUUUCAUCGGAAUAUUCUCACUGUUAUCAUGUUGUUGAUUCCUUGCGGUGUUCUCAAAAUGUAUUAAGUUUUAAUGUAGAAAACUAUUGUUAACAGUGUGCUACAUUCGUAAAUAACCGGUACUUUAACUGAAUUACGGGAUACGAAAAGCGUAAAUCAACGAAAGGACGUACAUUUUAUAAGCUACAUCUCUUACCGGUAAAUGUGUGAGUUGUAGAAAACAGACAGCAUUCGGAAAAAGGUCUCUUUAUUAAAAAAAACUAGAACAUUUUCGAUUAAGCAUGCAAGAAAGCGCUACUGAGCAACACUUGCAGAAGCUGCACGAAAAGGAACCUGUCGACCUGAAGAAUGACUUGACUACAGAAAGUAUGCAGCAGCGUGUUGAGUUGAACGACGACUUCACGAAGGAAGAUUUUUACAUAAUUUCAAUGUUAUACUUUUGCCGUACGGUUGAUGGUGUUUACAUUCCGGCCGAGCUAGGUGUGGUCCAAUACAGUGUGCAAGCUGGUGUAAAAAAGCAACUCCACCUGCAUAUAAAUCCUGGUAAAAUUCCGCGAGGUUUGAACAAUGAGGCGUGGCAACAUACGAGCCAAACCCACAACCUGCCGAUGCCACCCAACGCAUUAGGGUUGACGGAUAAUGAUGAAAUAGAGGAGCUGUUACUUAACUUCCUGGACGCGAAAGAGCAAUUUCCUUUGCUGUUUUUUACGAAUGCGAAAGACGUGCCAGUAGUGGAAAAUAUGCUUAGGUCCCUUUUGACCAAUCGCGUCAGAAAGGAUAUGAUAAUCGUGUACCCCCUUUCGGAGCUGCUUCAGCAGUUGCAAAAUAGCGUGGAUGUUAACAGUGAGGGCCACCUGACCAUGCGUAAUGCGCAGCAAAUGUUUGAUAUGGAUUUUUUUAGCUACACGUCGGGCAUUAGCUGCGAAUACCAUGAAUCUAACAGCUUAUUGAAUGAAUGUGCCUUGUCGCAAUGUAUUCGUUGGGCGUACACAAUUUCAAAGUGUUGCUGUAAGCAUCUGGAGAUGGAAUUGAUUCCAGGUAAACAUAUUCCUCAAGUCGCAGUAGAUGAACAACAGAUACAGUCAGUUACGGAAAGCUCCGAAGACGAUAACAUAGUACACAAGCAAGAAUUACCGUCAGUUACGGAUGACUCUGCGGACGAAACUUCUUCGAUUGUUAGCGUGGAUAGAAUAUCGUUCGUGUCGUAUGCAACGCACUUUACAGCCAUGACAAAUGGGCAAACUACGACGGAAGACGAACAUGAAAAGGAAACCCAAAUUCAAUUGGUUUGUGAUAAUGUUGACCUUAUGAGAUCCUUUCUCAGUGAGCAGAAAUCUGUCGAAGAUUAUAUGGAGUCGUUGAAGUUAUAUGAACCCAAAUCAUAACCGCAAGGUUGAAGUUUCAUUUCUAACAAUUAACUGGUUAGCUAGCUACAGAAAUCAUACGUUUUGUACCCAGAAUUAAAUUUGAAAUAAAUAUGACAACGCAAAACAAAA